AAGUAAAUAGGUGGGAAUCUGCUGCUGACCACUAGGAGGCACUAUACAACUAGCUUUAUCCUUGUAUGGGGCUCAUCACUGCCUCCAUCUUACACAGCAUUUACGUUGGACCCUUUAGCAGGAUUUGAAGCAAUCUUGCUCUUAAGGACUGCGUGUUGCAGUGCAUUUAGCUUCAGAACUAUUUUUGGUCUGGCUGUCAGUAGACAAAAGGGUCUAUAGAUGUUCUGGAGGCACACCUUCCUUUGUGUUGCUGCUGUUAAUUUAUUGUUGGUUAUUUUGUCCAGGCCUCAUAUUAGAGCCUCCCCCCCCACACACCUUUCUUAUAAGUUGUUAUAUCACAAUCACAAGGAGGCUCCAUGUGACCAGUUUUGUCCUUAACUCACCAGGCACUUGUAGCUUCCAUCUCUUGGUAUCCAAUCUUGGCAACUUCAAGACUUGUGGGCUUCCAUUCCCGGAACUGGGAGUGCUGGCUGGGGACAUGCAUAGAUCUUAAAGUUGCCAAGGUUGGACACCUCAUCUUAGAUCUUAUACGCGCAUUUUCCCUAACCUGAAAUUCUGUGUCAGUCCUGUCCCAGUUUGGGCAUUUAGGAAAGAUAGACCCUUGACUCCAUUUGUGGCAAAAGGUAUACUUUUACUAAAGCCAAGUGGUUACAGGGUAAGCAAAGCCAGAUCUGAAUAUUCCUGUGUAAACUUGAAUGCUUUUCCCUUCUCUCCCCCCCCCCCAGUUCUUUCGUAACUGUACAGUGGUAUUCAAAAUAGGUGUUUUGGUAUCAGUCCUAAAGUUUGGCAUCUCUUUGGUGGAUAUUUGCAUUCCGUUCUCACACGUGUUCCUGGAACCGCCAGGGUCUGUUCUUGGUUGGCACCUCUGGUUCUUGUCAUCCUAUCAUCCCCUUACUCCUCCCCCCUCCUUUUAUGGCAGGAUGUCAUUUAAAGCGAAGCAGGGCUGAAGUGAUGCCAUGACAAACUGUAAACUUCUCUGAACAGGAACUCACUUAUGCUUUAUGCUCCUGUCACCUGCAGACUGGGAGAGACAAUCUGGAAAAUUCCAUCCAUUCAAUCAGAACUUGAUCCUAGGGUUUCUAUCACUGUAGAGCAACAAGGGAAUAGCUCUCCCUAAAAUGAGUUUUAUAGUAACCUUCUCUGUGCCUUAUGGUUUUCUUUUCUAUUCAAAUUUUAGUUUGUUUUUUCCUAGCAUUUUUCUGCAAACGCAGAUCCAAUUUUUCCAGAUCAACUGAGUCUUGAUCCAUUGAUUUCAACAAUAAUUUAAUUGUCCCCACAGCAUGACAUGUGGGCUGAGAGAGACGGACUGGCCCAAAGUCGCCCAUCUGGCUUUCAUGUCUAUUGCGGGAUUCACAAUGUCCUGGUUUCUGUGCUUCACCACUUUUUCCACCCAAAUUAUAUAAUAGAAUCCUAAUUUUGAAAACUUUUAAUUCAGUAAAUUACAAUUGCUUUUGUCUUUUAUGCAAUCACAUCACAUUAUAUCUCAUACUCUAUUUGCAAUCAACUGCUAUUACAAGAUCAUUUUUACAAGUAUAGUUACCAAGGUAGAUAACAUUAUUUUAGUCUUCUUUUUAUCUGUUUGUGAUACCAAUUGAUUGAACAUCAUUUGUCCUAUUCACUGUACUUUCUCUUAGCCAUCCGAAUGUAUUUUAGACUGCUGCAUUGCUUUUAAUUAACGAUUAUUAUUAGUUGAAUUUGGAUUUUACUUUUAAAAUAAUUUAUAAGCUUUGAGAGCUUAUUUGAAGCCGAGAAUGUAAGUAAUGGAGGCCCAAAUAAAUGCCUUUGCUUUUUUAAUGUUGUGUGCAACUGUGUUCAGUUGAGCUGGACAGAGACAUUUUGCAGCCGAAGCCUUACUGGAAAGAAUUCAGGUUCGACUUAACUCAGAUCCCGACGGGGGAGACUGUCAUGGCGGCCGAAUUCCGAAUUUACAAGAUGAAAAGUUUCACCUGCCAUGUUAAUCAGACCCUUCACAUCAGCAUUUACGAGGUCAUUCAAGAGCAUCAAAACAGGGAAUCCCAGCGCAUGUUCUUAGAUCUUCAGGAAUCUCUGGCUGGCAUGGAUGGAUGGCUGACCUUCGAUGUCACAGCUGCUAGUAACCACUGGUUGUUGAACCGGAAAUACAAUUUGAGGUUGAGACUUUAUGUGGAGACAGAGGAUGGAGAGAGUGUGGACCCAGGCCUGGCCGGCCUCUUGGGUCGCCAAGGACCACGUUCCAAGCAGCCCUUCGUGGUGACCUUUUUCCAGGAGAGUGAAAACCAGGUCAGGCUCCCCCGAGCAGCCAAGCAGGCAAAGCGACGGCCGCAGACCAGGAAGACCCACGACUUCCCACACUCCAACAGGCUCCCGGGGCUUUUUGAUGAUGUCUAUGUUUCUGAGUACAGCCAGGUCUGCCGAAGGCAUGAGUUGAACGUCAAGUUUCAAGAUUUUGAUUGGCUGGACUGGGUGAUUGCCCCCCAGAGUUACCCCGCAUUCUACUGUGAUGGAGAGUGUGUGUUUCCCCUGAAUUCCUCCAUGAACGCCACCAACCAUGCCAUCGUCCAGUCACUGGUCCACCUGAUGAAGCCCGAAGCUGUUCCCAAGGCUUGCUGUGCCCCCACGAAGCUCAGUGCCAUCUUCGUUCUCUUUUAUGACAGCAACAACAACGUUAUCCUCAGGAAAAAGCGGAACAUGGUGGUGAAGUCCUGUGGCUGUCACUAACUCUGGCAGACCCAGACCCUUUCUGGGGGAGCAGGUACAGAUGGGGGAGCACGGUUACUACCUGCUUCUAAGAGGAAGACCUCUUGAUGGACAGGGAAAGAGAUCCACCUGCCCCAUGGACUGGGACGAAAGAGGGCCUAUGGACAACAGGGCCCUGCCAUGGACUCCUGCUGCUACGAGGGAUGCUUCUUCUUAACCAAAAAAACAGCGUCCCACAGAGAAACAGCUUUGCCAAGGAAGUGAAAACAUGAACAGGCUGCAAACAUAUCUUUGGCUUGUAUUUUGGACUGACCUCUUCCACCCACCCCCUUAUCCUGCACCAUAAAUUACAUUAAACCAAACACAUCAAAUAGA